AUGGACCCAGUAUCAAUCAUCACUCUUACCGGCUCGGUCUUUAAUACCAGAAAAGUCAUUACGAGUCUCAUCACAAGUCUCGUCACACUCAAGUCGAAAUAUAAAAACGCCAGCCUUAUAGCCAGUCUUCUGAUUGGACAAUUGACAACUAUCAAAACUGCGUUAAAUGAGGUAUUACUUUGGAACGAAAGUGAAAUCAAAGAACUCAACAAUUACUUGAACAGUCAGGUCAAUGCUCUUCAUUUACUGCUCACGGCGGUACAAAGGCAUGUCUCCGCCAUUUCUAAUACCAAGCAAAGCCUUGCAAUAAAGAUAUGUUAUCUGAACUGUGUUAAGAAACAAAACAGCCGCACUUCAUUCAACCGCAAUCAGCUUCUACAAAAGCCUGAAAGCCAGAAAGUCUUCAAAAGGGUCGAGGAUGACCGCUCGUCGGUGUCAGCGUUCAGAUCUAGGAGUGGUACUUCCGCAGAGACGAGUGGCUCACAAAUUGCUUUCGACUUUGAUAAGGAAAUUGCUACCACGGAUGUGUAUCGAAAUGUUACAGCAUCCCCAGAGAUGACGGGCAACGGUUCUGAAAACACAUCUGUGCCCCGCGCAAGAAAGAAAACGGGCACUAAGAUGAGUUUUAAACCAACAUUCGAAGCAGAGACGAGCAAAACCGUCAUCGAAGCGUACAAUUGA